AAAGGAGCUUCACACAAAGGAACGUCUUUUCCUGAGAAAAUGCCCACGACGCAGAAAACGCUGAUGUUCUUGGGCAGCUUUGUCACCAGCCUGGGGGCGGUUGUGGUGAUCUGCUCAAUCCUGGCGACCCAAGCAUGGAUCACCAGCACCAUUGCCUUCUCCGACUCCAUCUCCAACGGGAGCCUGACCGUCACCUACGGGCUCUUCCGUGGCAGGAGUGUUCAAGAACUGGAUCAUGGGCUUAAAGAACUAGACAAAAACUUUGACGUUUUAGGGGUACUGAGCGACUCUUCACCCAAAACGCUGCACGCGGUGACCAUCUUGUUCCUCAUCCUCAGUCUGGCGACAUCACUGCUCAGCUCGCUGUUCACCCUCUACAACAGCGUCAGCAACCCCUACCAGACAUUCCUGGGCCCCGUGGGGGUGUACACCUGGAACGGCCUCAGUGCAUCCUUCGUUUUCCUGACCAUGAUCCUGUUUGUGGGGAACACAGACUCCAAUCAUCUUUCUGAGGAAUUGUCCCAGAGGCUUUAUCCAGCCAUGAUACUUGGUGGGACCGCCCACACGUAUGGAUAUUCAUUUUGGCUCAUAUUCCUUGUCAUGCUUCUAAAUAUAGUCACCGUGGUCAUCAUUGUAUUUUACCAGAAGGCUCGAUACAAGCAGAAGCAAGAGCAGAGGAAGCCAAUGGAAUAUGCUCCCAGGGAUGGCAUUUUAUUCUAAUCCUACCUCCUGCCGCUCUGCCGCGGAUCUGUUCUGCUCCAGGAGCAGAUGCCAGUUCACGUCUUUGGACAAUCAGUGUGGGAAAAUGACUGUCAUUUGUAAUAGUUGGGUUUUGUUCUUUAAUGUUGUGGUAUGUGCUCUUCCUAGAUGUUCUUUGUACCUGUCUUCACAGAUGUCCCCUUGGAGAGGGAAUCCCACGGGGGGAGGUGAAUGGGAAGGUCGCUAGGCUAGGCAGUGUUCCAAGAGGGACUCAUUAGGGGCCCGUGGACCAUUCUGAACUCUCCCUAUUUAAAAUAAAAAGGGUUUGUGUUCUUCCCCCUUCCUUUGACUAGCUCCAAGUGCUCCUCCCUGUGAUCCUAUUGUCCACUGGAGUGACCAGCCAUCUUUAUUCUACUUGUUGAACACAGGCCUCUGGGAACAGAGGGAUUCAGAACUUGUCUUCACAGGCCGGCGAUGGGAGCAAAACGUAGUAACACAGGAGGAACUGACCUGCCUCUCUGGGUUCUCAGUCGCUGUCAUGUAACUCAAAACUGGUAGCAGCUCAACGAGUUGAGAGGUGGCCCUCAAAUCUAUUUUUAUGGUUCCAAGUGUGUCUUUUGGAAGGAAGAGGUUAGACGUGAGAGGACUGGGGAACAAUACAAAUUACAGCUCCAUGGGCUCUCUAUUAAAGAGCACGCUACUACACUUUUGGUUUAAGUGGAUUCCGAUGAAUGCAGUCAAAAUGGAAAUAGAACAUUUCAGCACAGUGUAGCAAACACCCACCAACCAACCCUCAGCUUAGUUACUGCAGUGUAGAUGAAAGGGCAGUAGCCCGGAGGGAGCAUGGAACCUGUCAGCAGAUUCCAGCCUGGCCGGAGGCCAAGGAAGAAAUGGCUGUGAUCAUCGUGGCUUGCUGACAUUCAUCACCCGAGUGAGAGCCCGGCACACGUGAACUUGGGCAUUGGGAAGUUCUCCAAGAACAGGUUGGAUGAAACAGAUUCACAGUUUUUUCUGAGAAGGCGGCUACACAACCAGGAACGCAGGGAAAAAAAACACAAAACCACCAACAUGUAGUCUGUGUAUUUGCCAGAAGAUCACUCUGAGAAUCCUUGGGGUUCGACUCUUCUGUGAGUUAGCUGGGUUGGUUCCGGACAUUGGCAGGAUGGGGAAGUAAUCAUCUUUCAAUCUUUCAUGACUCGGUGGGACCAGGGCCCAAACAAACAGAUUCCCUGGUGCCAUUGGCAGCACGGCUACUCUUUCAGCGUGGACUGGACCAUUCCUGAAGUUCUCAGGACAGAUAACUUUAUCACUAGUUAUUUUCCAAUAAUCUGUCUUAGAAUUUUGCUCUGGGCGGGGGAGGGGGAGUCCGUGAUGUGGCUAGCACUGUGCGAACCUGAAUGUUUGCAUUCCUAGACUUGACUGUCAACAGAGAAGGCAGACGUCCAACACGCAAUUACUCAAGUCCAAUUAAAGUGAAGAUUUGGGGUUGUGGUGUAGCUCUGUAACAAAGCCUUGGCCUGGCACGUAUGAGGCCUUGAGUUACAUCCUCAGCACUCAAACCGAGCAGAAGAACAAAACUAAUGAGCACAGUCCCUUGGUUACCACAUCUAAAAGUCCUACCAAUUCAGGGUCACUCAAAAACUUACACAAGUUAGAACAUAUAUUCCAAAAAUCUGGUAACCAGCAGUCAACCUUUGCUAAGUUUGUUGUGUUCACAGCCAUUUGUACUCUUUGAAGGUCUGGGUGGGGGUCAGAUUUUGAGAGCUUGGACAGGUGAUGAGGAGAAAUCCACGUGUCUACUCAUCCCAGCAUCUGGGCAGAGCUGGUUUCCUGAGGAGCAAACUGGCCACGAUGACCUCCAAGGAAGGAACCACUGGAAACAAGGGAACCAGCGAAAUGGAGCUCUGUUUUGCAAAUCAGGAGAUGGAGGGAAUGUCUUCAUCCCUGUGCUUUACUGUAGGAGUCAAUAAAGUUGCCUGUGUGCUUAGAAGAAAGCUUGGUAAGCAAGGACUGAGCUCUUUGUAGAGUUUGAAGUGGUGAAGGGAUUUUCCCCACCAGGAGACAGCUCAUCCCAUGGCGUACAAAUAGAAAUAUGUGCACAGUGCCCACCCUUGCCAGGUGCCAGUAGCAGCCAGCCCAGCUCCUGCAGGCCUCUCCCACUGGCAUCCCAUCAGCAGCGCUGGACCCCCUCACUGGGUGGGCUUGAGGGGGGAGGGGGCAGUCCCCGUACUGCUCAAAGACUGCCCAUGUGGAGCAUCUUCCUGUACGUUCCGUCAUUCAGAUGCUUCUGUGCUGAUGUGUCACAUCUUUUAUUGCCUGUGUUUUCCAAUAAAAAGUGGUUUGCUUGUGGA